ACGAUUUAUGCCUUCACCUUCAUCAACCACAGAGCUUCAGCUGCCAUUGCUCUCCCAUCUUCAACUUCUCUCUCCCCAGAUUUCAGUUUUCCCGCUCCGAUUUACGCUCAAUCGAGUUUCCAAAUGGAAGGUAAACAGAGCUUGGAGGCCGCUAUAGAGGAGCUACUACUCGUUGAGAAGCAGAUGAGGGUCGCCGGGGACGUCGCCGGCACCAAGAAGGCCGCAAUCGACAUUCUAAAGCUCUGUUUUGAAGCGCGGGCAUGGAGUACGUUCAACGACCAAAUUGUGCUCCUAGUGAAACGCCGCGGUCAACUUAAGCAGGCUGUAACUGCAAUUGUCCAGCAAGGAAUGCAAUAUGUUGAUGAGACUCCAGACCUUGAAACUCGUAUAGAGCUCAUCAAGACGCUAAAUAAUGUUUCUGCAGGAAAGAUAUAUGUGGAAAUUGAGAGAUCUCGGCUGAUAAAGAAAUUAGCAAAGAUUAAAGAAGAGCAGGGUCUCAUAGCGGAAGCUGCAGAUUUGAUGCAAGAAAUUGCGGUGGAGACUUUUGGUGCCAUGGCAAAAACCGAGAAAAUUGCAUUCAUUCUGGAACAAGUUCGCUUGUGCUUAGACGGUCAGGAUUACGUUCGGGCUCAAAUUCUGUCAAGGAAAAUUAGUACUAGAGUUUUUGACGUAGAUGAUUCAAAGGAGAAGAAAAAACCCAAGGAAGGUGACAGUGUAGUUGAGGACGCCCCAGCUGAUACUCCAUCGCUGUUGGAAUUGAAGCGAAUCUACCAUGAACUAAUGAUACGGUACCACUCUCAUCAUAAUGAAUAUUUCGAGAUUUGCCGUAGCUAUAAGGCCAUAUAUGAGAUUCCUUCCGUCAAAGAUAAUCCAGCAGAAUGCAUACCGGUCCUCAGAAAAAUCUGUUGGUAUCUAGUUUUAUCACCACAUGGUCCGAUGCAGUCUAGUCUCCUCAACUGCACCUUGGAAGAUAAGAAUCUUUAUGAGAUUCCAGAUUUUAGAUUGUUGUUAAAACAGCUAGUCACAAUGGAGGUUAUUCAGUGGACAUGUCUAUGGAAUACCUUCAAGGACGAAUUCGAUAACGAGAAGAAUUUCCUUGGUGGCGCUUUGGGUGAUAAAGCUGCGGAAGAUCUAAGACACAGAAUAAUUGAACAUAACAUAAUAGUUGUAUCGAAGUAUUAUACAAGGAUUAAUUUAAGCAGAUUUGCAGACUUGUUGUGUCUCAGUCUUCAGGAAGCUGAGAAACAUCUCUCUGACAUGGUUGUAUCCAAAGCCCUGGCUGCUAAGAUAGACCGGCCGACUGGAAGAGUCUGUUUUGGAGCGACAAAGGACAGCAACGACAUUCUUAAUACAUGGACGAUGAACUUGGAGAAACUACUCGAUCUCGUCGUGAAGAGUUGUCAGCAAGUUCACAAAGAAACCAUGGUACAUAAAGUUGCUUUAGAAGCUUGAUGAGAAUUAUAACCAUAAUAAAAAAAUAUUGGCUCACCAUUUCUUGCUGUUUGGUUGGGCAUUGAUGAUCUGAUUGUUGUGGCAUUUGGUGAAAAUUAUAGGUCUUUGGUCUGCUUCUUGUAACUGUUAUGUGUUAUGUAAAGAUACAGUCUAAUUAUCCCCGACUACACAUAGCUCCUAAAGAGGCUUCUUUUUGCAGCUGUGGGAGCAACUGUGGUGCUUAAAUUUUAAACACUCUUUGGGUUUGUUUUAUUUGAUUUGGCUAAAGUUUAAAGUGCGAA